AUGCAUCGGACAUCACUACCCACAAUCCCACAGACAAAAACAGGAAGGAAUGGAUGUUUUAGUAAGCCUGCUUAUCUGUUGUAGAGAAGUAAGAAAAAACUACUUAUAAUACCUAGGAGUAUAAAACUGCAGGUCACCAAACAUGUCUUUCAAACGGGAGGGUGAUGAUCAAAGUCAGCUAAAUGUACUGAAGAAACGACGCGUAGCAGAUCUUCUGUCAAACUUUAUCCCAGACGAUGAAGCUGUUCUGAUGAAAAACGGAAGAUACAGCUGCCUUGUGUGUUCUCACCGACCUGUAUUUGACACUGUUGAUAUGCUCGUGGUGCACAGGAAGGGAAAGAGACAUCUUGAAGGAAUGAAAUGGUUCUACGGCAAAAAGAAUCAACUGCAACGUGAAAUUGAUAAAAGAAGGCAUCAAGACUAUGUCAAAGCAGAGGAUGAUCGACAGGAACCCUCCAGUUCAGCUCCUCUACUGAGCCAAACACGCAAAAUUACCCAUCAUGCCUUACUCAGAACUGCUCCGUACAGUAGCUGCCACAGAAAGGCCAGUGAACGAAUAGAAUCGUCAGGAUGUGGCCAAGAGGAUAGAAAUGAUCAAGUCAACAAUAUCAACCCUCACACAUCCAUGAGGACAGGAAGUAUCGACUCUAUAUCAACAACUAGCACAACAGUGCAUGAGGGCCAGACUGAAGGGAAAGUAGAGACAAAGAAGAGAAAGAAAGGGUCCAGCAUUGUGACAUCCACUGAUUGUGAGCCUCUAACAGAGCAGAGACGCAGAGAACUGGACCACUACCUCAAAUUAAAGAGUUCAGGGUGGCUGCAGGACCGAAGUGGUAAUUGGGUAAAAGAUGAGAAUGUCGAGUUUGACUCGGAUGAAGAAGAACCAGCUCUGUUGCCUCCUUGCAGUGAAUCUUCAUAGCAGACUCUGUUAAACAGCUCCAUACUGUUCAGCAACUGCAAAAAAGGCUUCAGGCUACAUUUAAACUGAACUGUGUGCAAGAUGACGACAGUGUUCCCUACAGUCACAGAUCUCAUGUGACAUCUUUUACGUGUGACCCACUUUAUAUACAAUAAGGUUGAAACUUUAAGACAUUCUUUCUGGAAAAGAAUUUGAGCUGUUGCAUUUUGCAAAUUGUAUUAGUACUGUGUACUUGCCAUCUUCUUCAAACAAUUUCUGUUUCUGACCCAAUAGAGGAUGUUUUAGAAAAUGCAAAAAGGAUUGUCAUGCAUAAAUAAAGUUAUGACCUCUCAGUCUG